AAAAAAAAAAAAAAAAAAACCUUUUUGUUCAAACUUCGUUUCCUUCUCGUUUUCAUUUCUUUUUACUGAACAAAAAAUGGUUUCGAUUGACAACGGCUCAACCGCCACAGCCGCUGCGAACGGCCAUUCAGCCGCGGCUGUGGACGGCGACGCUCUCCCGCUGGUGUCCCAGAUCAACGGCGCGCUGCCGGAGAACGAUCUUUCUCGGAAGAGGAAGAUGACGGUUCUGCCCUUGGAUGUCGGCACGCGUGUUAAUUGCCGGUGGCGGGAUGGGAAAUACCACCCUGUCAAGGUUAUCGAGCGCCGGAAGCUUUCUUCCGAUGGAUCCAGCGAUUACGAGUACUAUGUUCACUACACGGAAUUUAACCGUAGACUUGAUGAAUGGGUAAAAUUGGAACAGCUUGAUCUCAAUUCUGUGGAAACAGACGUGGAUGAGAAGGUUGAGGACAAGGUAACUAGCUUGAAAAUGACGAGGCAUCAAAAACGUAAGAUUGACGAGACACAUGUGGAGGGCCAUGAAGAGCUUGAUGCUGCUAGCUUGCGAGAACACGAAGAGUUUACGAAAGUGAAAAAUAUUGCCACGGUAGAGCUUGGUAGAUAUGAGAUUGAAACUUGGUAUUUUUCGCCCUUUCCUCCAGAAUACAAUGACUGUACCAAGCUGUUCUUCUGUGAAUUUUGCCUGAACUUCAUGAAGCGCAAAGAACAACUCCAGCGGCACAUGAGGAAAUGUGAUCUCAAGCAUCCUCCUGGUGAUGAGAUAUACCGAAACGGAACUUUGUCAAUGUUUGAGGUGGAUGGGAAAAAGAACAAGGUUUAUGGACAAAAUCUUUGUUAUCUGGCCAAAUUGUUUCUUGAUCACAAGACCCUUUACUAUGAUGUUGAUCUAUUUCUGUUCUAUGUGCUCUGCGAGUGUGAUGAUCGAGGAUGCCACAUGGUCGGCUACUUCUCAAAGGAGAAACACUCAGAGGAGUCCUACAAUUUAGCUUGCAUUCUUACUCUACCUCCUUAUCAGAGAAAAGGCUAUGGGAAAUUCCUUAUUGCUUUCUGGAUAGGGCUUCAAAUUUCAAUUGAAGAAAUAAAAUCUAGGUUUACUUGCCUUUGCGAUGCUAUACAAGCCAACAACUUCACGUUGUUGUAUCUACUUACUUCAUCUGAUUCUCUUCAACUUUUAUCCAUUAAAACAAAUCUUCAGACUGUAUGUACUGAAAAUUGCUUAACCAAGUCCCUGAAUCUUGCAGCUUAUGAGCUUUCCAAGAAAGAAGGUAAAGUUGGGACUCCAGAACGGCCCCUCUCAGACCUGGGGCUUGUGAGCUACAGGGGAUACUGGACACGCGUUCUCCUAGACAUCUUGAAAAAACACAAGGGCAACAUCUCAAUUAAGGAGUUGAGUGACAUGACAGCCAUCAAGGCAGAGGAUAUACUAUCCACGCUUCAGAGCUUAGAAUUGAUUCAAUACCGAAAGGGACAACACGUCAUAUGCGCGGAUCCUAAGGUUCUCGAUCGUCAUCUCAAGGCUGCGGGCCGUGGAGGACUUGAAGUUGACGUUAGUAAAUUAAUAUGGACUCCUUACAAAGAGCAGAGCUAGUUCAUUACUUGGAAUUUUAGACACACACUCUCUCUCUAUGGGUUAUUCGUUCGUGAUGUGAGUUUUUAAUGGUUUGUAUAUAUAAAAUUCAACUGAAAACUUGUACGAUUCUGGAUGUAGCCGUAGAUGCGACCCUUUUGCAACCCCCUUCUUUCUUUCUUUCUUUCUUUCU